AUGGCAUCAGUUUAUGUCAAUAUCGCUCAAGGGCAGCUUGCGUUCCAAACAAGCAGCUACGCGUGGUAUUCGGGAGCCGACCGUGCUGUAGACGGGAACACCAAUGGGCAAUGGUCCGCUAGAUCGUGCACACACACACACGGACAGGCUAACCCCGCGUGGUGGGUGGAUCUUGGACACCCGCACAUAGUAAACAGGGUUGUCAUUUACAACCGCUGGGACUGCUGCAGGGAGCGACUCAACCCCUUCAACAUCCACAUCGGGGAUUCCGCCGAGGUUGCCGCGAACCCCAAGUGUGGCGGCGAUCAUCGGAUCGGCCUUAGCGAACGGUUCACUUCCGUCUUGUGCCAAGGGAUGACGGGACGGUACGUCGGUGUUCGUCUGCCUGGUUCUGGCAGCCGAAUUCUCAGCAUGGCAGAGGUCCAAGUCUUCUCCAAUGAAGAAUUCUGCCAGGCGGGGAACGGGGCGUCCUACCGAGGAACAGCCACUAGGACCCGAUCAGGGAGGACGUGUCAGCGCUGGGACAGUCAGACACCGCAUGGACACGACAGGACACCCCGUAACUAUCCUGCAGGUGGACUGGUGAACAACUACUGCCGGAAUCCGGACAACUGGUACGCACUUUGGUGCUACACGACGGAUCCCAACUCGAGAUGGGAGUAUUGUGACGUGCCAUCUUGUUAAGACUGACGCAGUGGUUGAGCACCCUUCUGGAUGGAUACAUCUGGGUCCUCGUGGUUUGCUUCAAAGUGUCCAUGAACAGUCGUUCAGCUAUGCUUUGCUGUGAUCAUCAUAUACCGAAACAUCGUAGUUGGACGAAUAUUUCAUUGUUAACUCAGUCCAAGACUAUGGCACUAGACACUAGACAAGUGUGGUUUUAGUAAAAAUGACCGCGGCGUGGUACAUCGCUAAAAAUUGACAAUUUCACUUAUGGCUUGCAUAUCGGUGCCACAGGCACCUUUAACAAUGAUCCAACUAGUUUUAUUUCUGCAACUACAGUCAUGUGUACCAUUCUAGUGUCACUUGUACAAGUACAACCAAGGCUACACUACCGAUAUCAGCACUUUCUCAUCAUGUUGACCAUCCCCGGAGG